AUGCCAGCUGAGAGCCUCUCCAUCCGCCACAGGGCCAAACUCAUCGUUGGCAUCGACUAUGGAACAACGUAUUCAGGAAUCAGUUUCGCUCUGACGAGUGCUGCCGAUUUCAAAGACAUUAAACCCUGGACAAGGUACCCCGGAAGCGCUUCCCACAAUGCCGAACACUGCGAAAAGGCCCCUUCGAUCAUGGCUUAUGCAAGCGAAAACGAAGAAUUCUUGGACCAAAAUGCUUGGGGCUAUGAGGUAGAACCGGGCAUGAAUUGCUCGGCUUGGACGAAGCUGCAUCUGGACAAUGUUUCUCUGCCAUCUGAAUUCGACGAUCCUGACCUCAAGAAAACGGCGUCCAGUGCACUUAUGAGGCUUCCGAGAGGGAAAACGGCCAAAGAAGUUGUUACUGAUUAUAUGAGGGGCAUGAGCAAAAUGUUCACUGACAACAUCGUUCACCUCCUUGGCGGUAGAGACAAGUUGGGGCUUCUGCCCAUGGAUGUUUGGGUCACGGUGCCAGCGACGUGGUCAGAACAGGCGAAGACAUUGACGCGAGAAGCCGCCAUAGAAGCCGGCUUCGCAUCCCGCCCCAUCGAUCAGAUGUAUCUGAUCCCCGAGCCCGAGGCCGCCGCACAUUUUUCCUUGAAGUCUAGUCUACAUCACACAGAGGACCUCGUAGAGCAAGGAACCGGUGUUAUGGUUUGCGACUGUGGUGGUGGCACUGUCGACAUAACUACUUACGAAAUUACUUCCGUCGCUCCAAAGCUGAAGUUGAGAGAGAUCUGUGUUGGCGUAGGUGGUAAAUGCGGUGGAACUUUCGUCGACAGAAAUUUGUACAAGUUGAUGGCCGAACGAUUUGGGCCUGCCUUUACGUCACGCGGGAAAGAACAAACUGGACCUGGGAGCCAAUUCAUGACGUCUUUCGAAGGCCAGAAAAAGGACUUUAAGUCGGAUAAUUCGUCGAAGAAGAUCUACAAACUCUACUUGCCGAUGCCCGACUUGCCAAAGAAUACCGCUGGUUACAACAAAAGAUAUUCCCACAUCGUUCUUUCAUACGACGACAUGAAAAGCCUGUUCGAUCCAGUGGUUGAAAAGAUAACUUCUUUGGUGGAUAACCAGGUGGCACAAGUGGAGAAGAGAAACGAGCCAAGCAUAAAAACCAUGGUCCUUGUGGGAGGUUUCGGUUCAUCACCUUAUCUGCGAGAGAAGCUAGCAGAGUGGUGCACAAGCCAAGAAAUUCAACUAACGACGCCUUAUUCGGGCGGAUGGUCUGCUAUAGCAUGUGGAGCUGUACUUCGAGGACUCGAGGGCGGCAUCAUUAGUCAAAAGAAAUGCCGUCGGCAUUACGGACACUCGUUGUCGAAGCCUUAUGACGGCGUCCUUCACGACGGCUUCGAUGAAACAGUUCGGAGAUUGUGGACUAACAAAUUUACGGGCGUCCAAAACCUGAGCGGUUUUAUGUCGUGGGAAAUUGGAAAGGGUGACUUGGUUGAUGAAACGACCGAGAUAAAUACCGAAUUUGACAAAUUUUUCAGUUCCCGCAGUAGUCCUACGCAUACCCACGAACUCUAUGCUUGCAGUCUAGAUGACUCCCCAGAUACCCUGGAGAACAAUCGAAUUGAACUUGUUGGAGCGGUGGACUACAGUGAUGCCAUGCAGAAUGUCGACAUGUCGAAGUUAAAGCAGGUUAAGGACAGUCAGGGUGUCACGCACUACGAAAUAUCUCUCGUGUUGAAUAUACGCCUUGGAGAUGACAGCGGAUUGCUACAGUUCCGGAUAUUGUGGCGAGGGAGGGAAAUGGGUGAAGCCAAGCUGGGAUUUUCUUAUUGUUAG